CUUGUUUUUCAUCUUUUACUCAGUUAAACCGAUAAAGUUAUUGUUAAAAAUAAAAUUAUUGUUAGUUUCUAAAUGAAAUUGAAAGUAUAUAAUAAAAAGGUUAUAGACUUUGUAUGGGAAAUAUGACGACCUCGUUUUUUGUCGCGGACGGACCUCGCAAGCUCGGUCUGUCUACGCGCCAAAAAACUCGGUCAUCAUAUUUUCCCAUACAAAGUCUAUAACCUAUAAGUAUUAAACGAGCCAAACUAUUACUCUUUAUAAAUCAUUGUAUUCCACGGGCCAAAAUAUUACUCUUUAUAAAUCAUUGUAUUCCACGGGCCAAAAUAUUACUCUUUAUAAAUCAUUGUAUUCCACGGGCCAAAAUAUUACUCUUUAUAAAUCAUUGUAUUACACGGGCCAAAAUAUUACUCUUUAUAAAUCAUUGUAUUACACGGGCCAAAAUAUUACUCUUUAUAAAUCAUUGUAUUCCACGGGCCAAAAUAUUACUCUUUAUAAAUCAUUGUAUUCCACGGGCCAAAAUAUUACUCUUUAUAAAUCAUUGUAUUCCAUGGGCCAAAAUAUUACUCUUUAUAAAUCAUUGUAUUCCACGGGCCAAAAUAUUACUCUUUAUAAAUCAUUGUAUUCCACGGGCCAAAAUAUUACUCUUUAUAAAUCAUUGUAUUACACGGGCCAAAAUAUUACUCUUUAUAAGUCAUUGUAUUACCUGAGUGUUCGCUUUUUAUACUUUUCCAUUUUUGGGAGCUUAACUUAAUUCAAUUUCCCUAGGCCAUCACACACUGAGUGCAUGAAUACAUUGCUUAGGACUUUGGUGUGGCCUCUUCAAAUCCUCGUUUUGUUUGAAAUAAUGUACGCCCCAGAAAACGUUUUCCAAACAAUAUAACCCCAUAUUCAAAGGCUAAAAGUAUGAGCACUAUAGAAGCAGAUAUGUUCGUUUUACAUUAAUGAUAGGAACAGAUAUAUAUACUCACAUGUAUUGAGUUUUUUUCUUUUUAUAUUUGUAAAUGCAUGAGCAUCGCACGCUUUGCAUUAUAUGGACGAGUUGCCGAUUAGAGGGUGUGAUGGGAAUUCUCCAUAACAGGCUCGUGAGUCUCUGCGCACAGUAAAUUAAUGAAUACAAUGAAACUUCUCCAAACCGGCCAGCUGUCGGACCGGAAAAAAUGGCCGGUUUAGAGGGGUGGCCGGUAUACCGAGAAUUUACCAUUUAGAGACAUUUCAGCUCAAUUUUUAUUAAAUAUUUCAUUGACAUACCACAAACCAUAUAAUAUGGUGUUCAAGGACUAUUAUUUCACUAUUGGAAAUAAAACAAAAUAAUUUACUAACAUAUUUAUUUUCAAUGUACAGCACUAAAACUAAUUAAACAUGAAUAAACAUUUUUACAUUGACAUGCAUAAAUAAUGGAAAACAGUCCAUUUAAAUAAAACUGCAUUUGAUAUAUGUUUAGAAAUCUGUAGACUAGCAGCAUUUAUGUAGAAUUUCGGCUUAUGUUUUAAUAAACAAAACAAACACAUAGCCAUUUGAUUGCUGCAUUUAAUACACAGAGUAUAGGUACAGAGUAGGUACUGUUCACUUUGAUAUGGGGAUCCAUGAUCAAUUAUGGGUGGAGAUCAAACUAGACCGCUUGUACCUACAGGUAAUUAUUACGAGAAAUAGUCUUGCUGCAAUCGUCUAAUUUUAACUAAAAAAUUAUUACAGGAUACAUAAAGAAAACACAGAGGCCUAUUAUUGGAAUUCCUCUUACCUAUAAAAACUCUGUUUACAUCCUGCUUAUAUCGUUAACAGAUUUGUUUUUUUGAAAAGUACAGUAGUAAAUAUAUAAUUUUAAUUUUGAUGUUUCUUAGGAAUUUUAAGUCUAUGGAAACCCCCCAAAAAUCAUUUAUUUAUUGAAAAUUAUCAUUAACAGUCAUAGGUUUGUUGUUUAUUAACUACCGCUUAUAUCCAUGGUGCAACAAUAUGGCGUAUUGAUUGUAUUCAUUCAAUAUGUGUAUAUCUGUUUAUAACCUUUCAUACAGAAAUUGGAAAGGGUCACUUGGAUUAGCCAAGCACCAAUUAACACCCUGGACAGCACAGGUAAACUAUAGAACUUAUAGAGGCCACUGGUGUUUUUGACACCUCCGGUGGAUAAUUUCCCACCUGGCCAUUUUUCACACCUGGCCUGUCUUAAUCACCCCUCUGGCCAAACUUUUCUAGUGUUCAAUAUUAUAAUUAGUAUUAUAAGGGUAAAUUAUAAGGCAUUAUAAUGGUAAAUUACACAUGUUUCUUAACAAUUGUACUUUAAAAAGUGGCUGAUGUCCGGUUUUCAGGGGUGGCCGGUUUUGUGAGACUUUCUUUGUAAGGAAAUGUUAAGGUUUCUGCCGGGACUUUGAAAAUCGGCCGAUAUUCAGGGAGAACUGGUUUUCUGAGGGGCCGGUUUGGAGAAGUUUCACUGUAUAUAUCAUUCUCUACCCAGAGUUCCGUGCGCUCCUCGCACUACACCUCUGUCAACGGCUUUUUACAGAAAUCUUGUAAAAGUUUCUAUUAUCCAACAUUUAUUUGUUUUGGACUAAAUAUUUAGUCAUAUUAUCAUAUGUUUUUGGUGCAAUUAAAUUGAUGCUUGCUGUAAAUUGUUUAAAAUCGCCGUUUUCUGAUAAUAAAUUUGGAACUACUUCGCAAUAUGCAUAUAAAUGUAGGACAUACACGUGGUGGAGAUUUAAAUGUAAACAUGGAAUCAAAAGUAAGAAAGGCUGUAAAAAUAUGACAAAACUUGUAAAAAAAGAGACAAACAGCUGAAUGGUAAAUAUGUACUUACUAAAGUGUCAGUGGGCUAUGAAAAUAGCCUGAUGUAUCACCUGUUGCCCGAACUUUUAAAGGGAAAGGAAACCGAGAAUGAUUGUUUAUACCAUGUGAUUAUAUUGUCACGUGAUUCCAAGCGUUGACAGAGGUGUAUGUGAAGCUUGCGUAACGUGCCCUCUGGUGAGAGAAUGUGUAUAUAUAUUCAUUAACCCAGAGUCCUUUGUUUUCUGAGGGGCCGGUUUGGAGAAGUUUCACUGUAUAUAUAUUCAUUAACCCAGAGUCCUUUGCAUAGAGUAAAUCAUCCUCCAGGGAUUUAUCUACCCCUUGAAUCCAGGGGCCAGCUAGGGCCUUCAAGUUUGGGGAAAAUAACGAUAUUUGAUUGAAAUUGGGAAAUUUGUUUCAGACAAAUAAAUAAGAAAAACAAGCAAAAAGUUUAACCAAUUGAUAUUUCAUUAUCAAUGAGGCUUUAAUUUCCAGUCCUUGGCAGAGAAAAAACUGUCAAAAAUGUUUUGCAACAGAGUGGCACCAAGGUUGGAUGGCCCCUCAAGGCAUAUUCUCAUCAAUUUUGAAAGCAUCCAUCAUUUGGGAAAUUUAAGGAAUUUUCAGGCAUCAUUUUGGGAAAAACACCUGCUCUUUAGCAUUGGGAAUGGGGCCGAAUUUCGACCCUCUACAGACCCUAUACCUGUCGUCUGAUGAUGGGAGUAAAUAAAUGAAAAUGAAUCUAUAUAUCUAUUGAACCAAUGGCGAUGUAACUGUGCAAAUUUAUGGGGUCAAUUUCAUUGGAUGUAUAAAAAAAAAAAAAAAAUCUGGAAUGCUAUUCAAAAGUUUAUACGAAGUCAAACUGGGGAAAAAUUCCAUCAAAAGUUUUCAGCAAACAAAUUCUAUAAACAAUAAACAAUAUAUUUGUUUCAAAUUACAGUAUUCAAAGUAUAACAAAAGGAGAUUGAACAAUUUUGAAUUAUUUAAAUCAAAAUAAAUAUUUAUUGCUAGUGAUGUAGAUUAAAUUCACACGACUGGUCGAUGAUUAGAAGCCAAUCAUUUUGCAGUUUAGACAUUUUGGAAGAGUUAUCCGCCCUUUGUAAAAAUUAGACAAAUCUAAUUUUCUAAAAAUAUGUGAGGUAAAUGAUUAAUUUUAUUUCAUAUUUUCUUUAAAAGAAAGCUUAUGUAAUUCUAAAUUCACGAGAUUUGUAUGAAAAUUUAAUUUCUUUUUAAAAUAUUCUAAUAAAACAUGCUUUUCCAAUAGACAUGUCUAUGUGAAAUAAAUCAAGCAGUAAUCAGAAUUUUGUAAAUCCCUAUGGUGAAAUAUUUUUGUUCUAUAAACUCUUCAAAAUGAUACCAUGAUUUACAAAAAUCCAUCAUCCAUUCAUUAGACAUGAAAGUUAUACAUUGAAUUAUAAAUAAAAAAAUGUUUAUUCAGUAUAUUUUAUACAUAGUGAUACAUACAAACAUACAUACAUAAAUACCAAGGAUAACCCAUGAAAUCUCAAAAGCUUAUUUCCAAAUGGGGUCCUUUGAUGCAUGGAUGUUUGCGCUAGGUGGUCAUUUAUGUGGGAGGAAACUGGAGUACCCAGAAGAAACCCACGUGUCUGAGCGAGCGACCGCCAUACCCUCUCACAUACAACCACUGUCGAUCACGGGGUUCGAACUCGGGUCGCAGCGGUGAGAAUUGAGAGCACUACCGAGACACCCUUAUUAUCUACAUGUAAUUGAUCAAAGUUAUAGUGCAAUCAUAUCUUCUAAGUAAAUUACUAUCAAACAUGAUACAUAUAUGUAUACACAACAACAUGUAUCUAUUCCAAUAGUCUAAGCUUUCAGGCGCUAGAUCAAUUUACUUCUGUAAAACACUGUGACGUGUUUCACAAAUCUGAGCUGAAUUACUGAUUUAAAUUAGUUGUCAAUUUGCUGAAUCAGCAUGCUGAUAUUUCUUUAUAGCAGUCACCGCGAGUUAGCACUGUGAGCUCUAAUGACUAAAGCACAUGGAAAAAGUCCACGAGCUGAAGCUGUGUACUCAUUAAAAAAAAUUUGUCACUAUCACAAAAGUCCUUCCAUUAAAAAAAAAUGGCAGAGGGCUCAAUCACAAAAAAAAGUAAUACACAAGCUGUUUUCAUAAGGGUGUAUGGGUAUAGCAGUGGUUAAUGCACUAGCUUAUCACUGCUGCGACCUGAGUUUGAUCUGUGAUCGGCUGUGGUUGUAUUUGAGAGGGUAUAUCGGUUGUCUGCUCAGGAACGUGGGUUUUCUCCAGGUAUUCGAUCCAGAUUCCUCCCACAAAAUGACCCCCUAGCGGCAACAUCAGUGCACGUCGGUAAAUAGCAAGUAUAUAUAUAUAUAUAUAGCUAAUUAUGUCUUAAAAAUAAAGAUUAUCUAUUUAUAAAUCUGAAAGGCUAAUCUAAUACCUCUUUUUUGGUUGUUGUUGUUGUUGAAAAAAAUAUUUAAGCAUUGCUCCUUGCAUUUCCACUUUAGUCUGGUUCCCCGUCUACACUUAGCUUGUGUCUUAUUUAGCAUGGGAGCCAAGGAAUCACGCAACGACUCCCUUCUUAUUGAUAUCAAUUCUUUUUUUAUUUAUUUAAAUGGGAUAAUUCUCUUACAAGGCAUUUAUUGUAAAUGAAUAAAGGAACAGAUGGAUAUGCAUCUAACUAAUAGCCAAAGAAAUAGCAGCAUUGCAUGGUCAUUGUGUGGGUCGUUUACUUUAUAAUAUGAAUUUAGACAGCUUGAUAUUUUUAAAGGGUUCUAAAGUACUAUUUAAAACAUUUCUUUUAUUAAGCAGGUUGGGAACACUUCCCCUACAGCGAGAUAUUCUCGCGAAAACGCGAUUAUUCCUCUGUAGCGAGAGUAAAUAUACCCUGUACAACCAGAAAAACACUCGUGAAGUAUAUCUCUUCAUGUUUCACGUGAAAAGAAGAGAAAGUGCUAAAAUGUCUGAUACUUCUGCAAAUAUAUUAAUCAAAACAAAAACACUCAUGAUGUGUAUUGGAUUACAGAUUGCUUCUCUCUUAUGCAACUCUGAUUACGUCAGCCUGCUUUCUCUUAACUAGUCCCCUACUGUGACAGCUCCCAAGACCAGUUAACGUAAACCCGGGACAGGGAACAUGUUGAAAAUGGAUUAAAAGCAACGACACGCAAGGCGAGGGCGUUUAUUUCUCCGUCUCCAGCAGUUGGUACAUUUACACGCAGUCCGCAGGCCUCAUCGAAUUUUGUCCCUAGAGUGAUGAACAUGUGGUGUUGGAAGCUGUUAGUUUUUACUCUCCUCCUUCACGGAGUCUCAUCCUUGAUGAGAAUUAAAACAAAGAAUGCAGAUAAACUCAUCUUGGACAACCCGGAUGCGAAUCUUCCAGUGAAAGAUACCCAUACCACAUGGAAUAAACAUAGGUCCUGUAAAACAGUGAAAGAUUGCAACGGAUAUUCCAGGACAGACCUCAGACAGGACUGUAGAAUCCCCUACUGCAGCAAAGACGGAAAGUGUGAUUGCGUAUUUUGAAGAAAAAAGUUCCAAGGUCAAAUUUGAAUUGGACGCUAAUCUAAUGUCUAAAUAAAUCCUAUUUCACGCAUUGAUUUGCUUUAUAAUUGUUUUAGGGUUCACAUGAGCCGAAAGUCCAAGCGAGCUUUACUGACAACUUUUGUCUGUCCGUCCGUCCAUCGACACAAACGCAAAUUGUUGGGUGAAGAGAAUUUACGUUUGUCCAGAUGAAGGUCCGUGCUCUGAAAUUGUCACCUUCACAUUUUCAUUCUAUUUUAUCUACAUUUUAUUACCUGAUGAUAGGCCAAUCAGAUCUUUUAAUGAUUACCCAAUCAGAUCUUUUAAUGAUUACCCGAGCAGAUCUUUUAAUGAUUACCCAAUCAGCAUUGGAUGGUUAUCCACAUCCUAGUGUAAUCAACCAAUCAUUGCUAAGCAACCAGAGUAAAGAUGAUGUCGGCCAUUAUAUCGACUCUUUACAUGUUUGUGUAACCCAUGAGAAAAUACACACAGAUUCAUUGGAGACAUUAGGGACACACUGUCACUCUGGAUAAAUAAUCCUUGACACAAUAUCUUACAUCUUACUUGGAAUCUGGUGCCUUCCCAAACAGAUCUACACAUAUACCCGGAGAAAAACACCUGUAAAAUCCGCCAUUUCUCUUUACGAAGAUUGAAAAUGGAAUAAACGAACGUAUUUUGACUCAAAUUUUACACGAUUUACACUGUUCGUUAUUUUCACCUUUCAUACAGUUAAAUGGCUAGGGUUAGCCCUAACCCUAACCAUGGAAAGGGAUUACCAAGAAUAUCGGGGACAACAUGUAACAGUCCACCAGCAGAGGCCUCGACCCAGAGGUCAUAAUAUUAUUCAAACUACUACACUGAGUUCCUUGUUUUUCUUAUUUUCUAUUUUAUUCCUUUACAGGUGUUGUUCUUUCCUUUCUUCCUUGUUCUCACAUUGUCAUGGUUGUAUGUGUGAUGUGUGAUUCAUCAUUACUGUAGUAUAGGUAUUUCUAAUGUACUCGCUGCAAGGAGGAAUAAAGUACUGAAUGAAUGAAUGAUGUCGAAAGUGUCAAACAGAAAAGGCAAAACUAUUGAAAUUUGUAACUUUGGUUGUUUUGGUAAAAAAAAGGAACUAAUAUAUCGCGGAGCAGUUGACUGCUGGACAGGACAAAUUACAUGUAUGUAAAUAAAAUCAAAACCAUUAUAUACAUCAAGAAUUUUCCGGAAUGCACGAUUCACUAGCUGACUGUAACCAACGUUAGAUUUCACUAUUUGUUCUAGAGUGUAUUUUGAUAGACAUUAUUAAAUUUUUGAAUUCCGAAGUUCUUGAUUGAUUCUUGAAAGUGUAAAUAUAUGUACAUGUAUUGAAUUUCUCAUGCAUUUUCGGCAUUAUCAUCUAGAGAUAAUUCUCCCCUCUCCCUCCGUCUCGUUAACAGGAUACACACGUUACACUACUAUCUCCGGUUUUAUUUCUGACCACUGAUCGAACACAAGGCCCCCCAUAACACACUGCUCUAUUAGACGAACUCAUCUUAAGCUAGGAAGAAUAGGACGUGAGGAGCCCAGUUUGUGGAAUUUUCCGAUGAUGGAGAAGAAAGGUCUGCCUUCUUCUUCUCCCCCUGACUAUACAGUUUGUGAUCUCACCAACGCUCAUCCAGGAACCUCGGAUGUAAUCACGCCAGAUAUAAACCCCCCGCCAUCUUACGAUGCCAUAUUUUCGUCGAAAAUUGCAACUGCUCGUAAGACGCGAAAGUCGAAUAGAUAUGAUCGAGAUGACAGAAAUACGUGGGAAAUUGUACAUGAAUGCUUCGAAAUGUCGAUUCUCCAACAGAUCAUAUGGCUAGCUGCACUUGCCUUUUCCAUAUCGUAUAUUGUUUACGGCCUAAAAUACAAGGGAAAGUGUUACAAGAAGAGACUAAAUGACAAAGGCAAAGUGGAGGAAGAGGAGGAUAUGACGUCAUUUAUACAGGCAGAGGGUGGAGUCAUUUGUGCCACCAUAUUAUACGCCUUCCUGUGUCGCAUAUUGGUCCUGUGUGAUACUCAUCGCAAGAAUCGCGUGUCCAGGGGCGAGCUCGAGGGAAAGAAAAAAUGUGGCGGGAAUUUGUUUUUCCUAGGAAUGGCGUUGUAUAUUGCAAAUUUCGGUUUGUGUGUUGCAGGAGCUACAAAAAUCAUACCUUUCUACGACGUCCCAAACACCUCGGACAAUAAGACUGACAUUCGACAAUGUCAUCCAGAGUUCUACAACUUUUAUCGUAACACCAAGAUAGGUGAGCUGGCGGUGCUGAUGCCGUAUGCAGCUUACAUCAUCAUCAGUUUGUUCAUUGUUGUUCCAAUGCAAAAGACUUGGUUUUUACGACGUAAAUGGUGCCAAUGGGCCAAACUUCUUGAUGCUGAUAAAGAUGGUGUCAUCAGUGAAGACGACAUGAAGAAAACCAACGCCAAGUUAGAAGAGAUCCGUAAGCGUCUGGGAGCUAGAAACACAGCAAUGGAGGAAGCUGACCAAAAGAAAUGGUGGAACGAGCAUAUUUUCAAAACUGGACGUGGGAAGGAUAUUUCAGUUGCUGAUUACGUCAGCUACCUACAAGGAACGGUGGGGGCCGCAGUACCUCAUGAAAAGGCCGGCAAAGUUAAAGCAAUGGUGACGGGGUUCUUUAACAUCUUCUCUACGGAAGGAUUUCGGAAGAAAAAUCUCAUUCUGGGGGAGGAAGAUUUCGUUAAGUUCUGGGCCAUUCUUGCUGACGUGGACGAACGCCAUUGCAGAAGGAUGCUCAUCAGGCACUUUCCCACACCUUUGACGUUGGCUUAUUUCUUGGAGGACUUCACGGCUUUUCUGUCACAUCAGGAAUUUUUUGAUGAAUACAGCAACCGAAUAUUUAAUGUUGUGAAAUUUCGUCGAUCUAAUGGAUGUUGCAAAGAGUGAAAAUGUCAAGUUAACUUUAUGUUGAAGUCAUUUGUACAUGUACCUGUAAAUUUCUUAAUUAAUGUGAUGUUUUAAAGCUCCAUAGAUAUAAUGUAGAUUUUUAAGAUGUCGUUUUUUCGUGGUGUUUGAUAUCUGUAUAUGUAAUAUAUGUUGAUAAAGACGCGGGUUGCGUAUCGUGCUGGGGCCUUCAAUGCGACAUUUAGAUACACUGUAUAUUGACGGUUCUUGACACACUGAUUUUCACUACGGAUAACUCUAUUUACCUUAUCAAGAUAUAGGGCUCACGGUGGGUUUGACCGGUCGACAGGGGAUACCUACUCCUCUUUGGCACCUGAUCCCACCUGGUAUAUACAAGGGUCCUUGUUUGCCAAACUCUUUAUUUUGUAUUGUUUAUAGGAGUUACUACAAGAUCUAUCACUGUUCGUAAUCUUCACCUUUCUAUUAACAAUAAUGAUUUUCAUUCAUAUUUCGAUUUGAUAUAUCUUUGUAAACUCCAAAUAAAAGACACCACAAAGUCA